AUGUCUAACAACGCCAACAACUGCCUUCCCCUGGCCUCCUACACCCUGGCCGUGUUCCCCGGAAUUCCCGUGGCCCCCAUUGAGCAGGACUUCCCUGUUUCUGUGCGAAUCACCAUGGCUGCCAUUGAUCCCGCCCGAAUUGAGGGUGAUGAGGAGGAGCCCGCCACUCUCCGAAUCCUUAAGCCUGCCGACAACUUCGACGAUGAGGACGACGAGGAUGACGAGGACGAGGAUGACGACGAUGAGGAUGACGAAGUCUCUGCUGAGGACAUGGCUCAGAUCAAGAAGCUGAUCGCCGCCAACGAGGACGGUCUCGAUGAGGUUGAGGGAGGAGACGACGAUGAGGAUGACGACGAGGACGACGAGAUGGAGUUCGAGGAGGACGAUGAGGACGACGACGACGAGGGUGAGAUUGAGGACUUUGUUGUCUGCACUCUCUCCCCCAAGUUUGGAUACCAGCAGACUCUUGAUCUCGUUAUCACCCCCGGUGAGCAGAUCAUGUUCGAGGUCACUGGCUCCUACGCCAUCCACCUCUCCGGUAACUACAUUGAGCACCCCUACGACAUGGAGGACGAGGAUGAGCUCCUUGCUCUCGGUGAGGACGACGAGGAUGAUGAGGACGAGCUCGACGAAGGCGAGUACGAUCUCUCUCCCGAUGAGGAUGAGGUCAUCAACGGUGACGAGCGACUUGUCGAGCUCAUGGAGCAGGACGACGAGGACGAUGAGGACGAUGAGGAUGAGGAGGAAGAGCCCGUUGUCGAGCCUAAGAAGAUCCUCAAGCGAGCCGCCGAGGAGAAGAAGCAGGAGAAGGCCGCCAAGAAGGCCAAGGUUGCCUUCACCAAGAACCUCGAGCAGGGCCCCACUCCCUCCGAGCCCAAGCCCAAGCUUGUCACCCGACAGCUUGAGGGUGGUGUCAAGAUUGAGGACCGAACCGUCGGUGAGGGUCCUUCCGCCAAGGUCGGCUCCAAGGUCGGUGUCCGAUACGUUGGCAAGCUCGCCAACGGUAAGGUCUUUGACUCCAACUCCAAGGGUAAGCCUUUCUACUUCUCUGUCGGUAAGGGCGAGGUCAUCCGAGGAUGGGACAUUGGUGUCCAGGGUAUGAAGGUCAAGGGUGAGCGACGAAUCAUUAUCCCCCCUGGAAUGGCCUACGGUAAGCAGAAGCUGCCCGGUAUCCCCCCCAACUCCCAGCUUACUUUCGAUGUUAAGGUCGUUAACAUCAAAUAA